AGUCAGUCUACAUAACAAAAAUUAUGGCGCAGAACGUGCAGGACAGCUCUGUUAUGGAACGUCGAUUACGGCCGGUUUACGAUUAUCUGGAAUCGGGGAACAAUAAAAAGGCGCUGCAAGAAGCAGAGAGGGUGCUGAAAAAAUCUCCAAAUGUUCUGUGUUUCAAGGCGCUCAAAGCAUUGGCUCUGUUACGAAUGGGUAGAGACGAUGAGGGCGAUGCAUUAACAGGACAGAUUGCUGCCGAAAAUCCCUUCGACGAUUCAACACUACAAGUCAUGACGUACUGUUAUAAGGAACGGGAAGAAUUCGGCAAAAUCUGCACGUUGUAUGCCAAUGCCGCCAAGCAAAGUCCCGGAUGCGAAGACAUUUUAUCCCAUUUGUUCAUAUCGUACGUCCGUGUCAAUGAUUUUGCUGCACAGCAAUUGGUGGCGAUGCAACUUUACAAGUUGAAGCCGAAAAACCCGUACUACUUUUGGGCUGUGAUGAGUGUCUAUUUGAAGGCAGUUCGAGGUCCGGAUAGUAAAGUGCCGGAAAAGAGUAAACUGUUGCUCACUCUCGGUCAGCGAAUGAUAGACAAACAAAUUGCCGAAAAUAAAAUCGAUGCCGAACAAGAGGUGCAGCUGUAUUUAAGCAUUUUAAAGAGUCAGGGGAAGAAUGCAGAGGCUCUGGAAUUUUUGGAAGGCGAUUUGGGUAAAAAAAUUUAUCCCGGCGCGCCGGUCGAACUUAAAAUCGAACUGUUGAAAUCACUUGAGCGCUGGGGUGAAUGCAAUGUUCUGUUGAAAGAUUUGUUGCGAGACAAUCCUGAUCGCUGGGACUACCACAAAGAUUACAUUUUGUCUGUGAUCAAUUUGAAGCAAUCGUCAUCGACAUUCGCUGGAGCCGACUGUACAUUCGAACAGUGCUACGAAUUUCUUUGUCAAUUAAUCGAAAACGGUACUAAAGCUGUGCGUGGACCAUACUUGGGACGUUUAGAGUUGCAUCACACAAUGACUGAAUUGAAGGAAAAUGGGGACGAACUGUUGGGCGAUUUUCUCGAAAUGCUGGUCGAAUACUUCCGAAAGUUUGGGUGUAAACCGUGUUGCACCAACGACAUAAUUUUAUUUUUAAAUUUUUUGCAAAUCGAACGAAGAGCCGAACUAGCAUCGAGAUUAUUGGCAGAGUGCGAAAUUACAUCGACUAAGUUACCACAAAAUAAAGAACAAAUGCAAAAACAUAUCUGCUCGCUGCAAGUAUCUCGAAUCUGUGGUGCUCAUGCUCUAAGCACUGAACAUUUAGCCGCUCUAUACACGGCAUUUAGUUUACAUUACGAGCAUGGAACGACGGCGUUCGGUAACGAUUUACUUCCAACUGAUAUGGGUCCAUCAGAUUCGUAUGCUCUACUAGCUGUUCACGUUAUGUACGAUCUGUCGUUGAAACUGCAAACUUCUGAGCAUCUAAUCGAAGCGCUGUGUCUGUUGCACUACUUACUUAGCAACAGUCCGAGUAACUUCCACGCAAAAUUGUUGUGUUUACAAAUCUAUCAUCUGCUCGGUUGUGGUUGGGGUGCACAAAAAACUGCCGAAAGUCUUGACAUCAAAUACGUUCAGCUCGAUUCAAUGGGAUAUUUACAUGUGGCACAAUUGCCACGGGUGGGCAUACCGUCUAUAACGAAGCCGUGGUACGAUUCGACGUUGCGAUUUUUCACGUCCAGUUACAAGGACAGUCUCGAAUAUCUGGCCAUGUGCUACAAGUUCGGUUCGUUUUCGAAACUGGAAGAGUUCAUGGAUUUCCGUGACAAGCUGACCAACAGUUUGCAUUUUCUGACAAUAUCAACCGAAGCGGUUCUGCUGGAAUUCGUUUGUCUGUGCGGAAUGUUUGCCCAAAAUAUGGCUGCGAUUAAGGCGAUGAAAAUCGUGCCGGGUCAAGAUCGGGUGAGUCAGGAUCGAGUUCAAUGGGAUCAGCUGACCGACAAUCGGGACAUAUCCGUCAUAGUCAAGUGGAAUGCCGAGACGAACCCGAAUGCUGACGAUGAGAUGAAAAGGGAAAGCUUUACGCAGGAUGUGGAAUUGAUGCGAAUUCGCCUUAUGCUAGCGCGCAUUAUUGUCGGUUGUGUUGAAGCUGUCAUGAAAAACGAUUCAAAAGCCGGUGAGCUAGAAACAGUAAAGCAAUUGAAAACGUCUUGGACGGAAUUGUGGCUUCGAAUACGGGCAGCCAACUACGUACCAACAUCAAAUCAAUAUCUAGUCAAUCUGUUGCCAUCUCGGUUGCAUGGAAUUAUGGCAGCGCCAUAUGAAAUGUCGAUCAUGCACUUGAUGGAAAUGAUUUUGGAACUGGAAGAAAGGAAUGUUUCCGCGGAAAAUAGUUGCAAUGUCUUGUGUGAUGACUUUAAAUCAAUCGGUCGUUUGCUGUGUGAUACAGUGGCCGAGCACAAUCAAAGCGUUGAUUUAAUGUGGAAGCGGAGGAGUACAUUGGAAACUAUUGUCAAUUGCAUUGAGAUAUUGUCGCUGGCUACGUUGGUGUUGUCUGUGUGUUCGGAAAUUUACUCGAGCGCAGCGAAUGUUCCUGCUAAGCAAAAUCGAAAAGAGAAAAAGGAAAAGCAAACGAUACAGCUGCUGUCGGAAAAGGCCAGGCUUCAACUGACUGUGUCUAUGAGUAACAAAUUGAAAUCGGAACUGAAUGAUUGUGAGGCUGCUUUAGACACUUGGAAAACACCUUGCUGUCCGGACAACAUUUUGGAUCGUCUAGCAUCGAUGUCGCUCAACCCUAAGGUGGAGCAAUUAGUUAGCGGUACGCUGAAGGAGAGUCACAACAUUACUGUGAAAGAACUGAAAACAAUUGUCAAGGAAAAAAUUCGAAUGUUAAAGUAAUUCUAAACAAAUUCAAUGACACCGGAUGGAAGUUGAUGGCGCAAUUUAGUUCCUUUAACUUUUACUCAAUCUUAUGUGAGCACUCACACCCAAGAAUUGCAGGAAAAUAUCUUGAUAAAACUGUCAAAAAUAAUCAUAUCAUCCGACUGCAUUGUGCUUGGGUAUGAGUGCCAUAUCGGAAAUUCGACAAAGUUUCUCCUCAUCUCUUUGUUUACGCUUUUCUCCCUCCCCCCGUUUCUCUCGCAUGGACCGUAUUGUUAACUGAAAAUGUUCAUUUGCAGAUCAAAUUACGAAGUCUGUAAGCGAAAAAAUUUGAGUUCCCCCAUACCCACGAAAAUUAUUUUCAUUCAACUCCCAAUGCAUUGUGACAUUUGAAUUCGUUUUGAAAUAAAAGAAAAAUUUUGAAGUC